AUGCUUUAUUUGUGGUCAAAUGAUGAAAGUCUAGCAUUUAGUAAUGGGGGUGGGGCUUUUCUUAUACCAUAUUUUUGUAUAUAUUUUCUUGUUGGAACACCACUUUAUUUUCUUGAAUUAUCACUUGGUCAAUUUACUAGUCGUAGUGCAACGGCUGCUUUUACAAUGUCACGUAUGUUCAAAGGAGUUGGUUGGGCAACGGCAAUUAAUUCUGUGUUUGUUUCACUUUAUUAUAAUGUAAUUAUAGCUUGGUGUCUAUUUUAUCUUUUUGCUUCAAUGCAACGAAAACUUCCAUGGAGUGAUUGCGGAAAUUGGUGGAAUACAGCACGUUGUUCAAAUGCAGGUUAUGGAUCGUGGAACUCAACACAAAGUUUUCUCUGUUCUGCUACUAAUCAAUCAAAUAAUUGUUCAACACCUGUAUUUUCACCUGAAGAAUAUUUUAAUAACUAUGUUUUACGAAGAAGUGAUUCAUUGGAAGAAAUGGGUUCUCCAAUUUGGUAUCUUACAUUAUGCUUACUAUUAGCAUGGAUACUUGUUGCUCUUUGUCUUAUUAAAGGCAUUAAAUCAUCUGGCAAAGUUGUUUAUUUUACUGCAUUAUUUCCUUAUGUAGUAAUUAUUGCUUUGAUUAUUCGUGGUGCAACUUUACCAGGUGCAGCAGAUGGAAUUUUAUUUUAUUUAAAACCAAAUUGGAGUAAAGUUUCUGAAUUUAAUGUUUGGAUUGCAGCUGCUUCUCAAGUUUUCUUUUCCCUUGGAGUAGCAUUCGGUCCAAUACUUGCUUAUGCUAGUUUUAAUAAGUUCAAAUCAAAUUAUCUUAGAGACUGUAUUAUUGUUACAGUUUGUGAUUGUUUUACUUCAGUAUUUGCGGGAUUUGCUGUUUUUUCAACUCUUGGUUUUAUGUCAUUCCAAACGGGUAUACCUGUUGAUAAAGUAGCUCAAAGUGGACCAGGUUUAGCUUUUAUUGCUUAUCCGCAAGCAUUAUCAAUGAUGCCUAUUAGUGUAUUUUGGGCAAUUAUGUUCUUUUUUAUGCUGCUUACACUUGGUCUUGACUCACAGUUUGCUCUCUGUGAUGUAGUAAUAUCUGGUAUACUAGAUACUUUUACACAACUACGACGUUAUAAAAUAUUUGUUGUAAUUGGAUAUUGCAUAGUUGGCUUUUUAUUAGCACUUCCAAUGUGCACACCGAUUGUUUUCUUUUCAUCAUUAAUACAAUUUCGACCACCAACUGAAGGAAAUUACGUAUAUCCAUCAUAUGCAAAUGCUAUCGGUUGGCUUUUUGUUUGUGCAUCGCUUAUAUUUAUACCUACUAUUAUGAUCCAUGAAUUUAUUAAAGCAUGGAAAGCAACAAAGAAUUAUCAAAAUCAAAUUUCGAUUAAUAUGCCACAUUACUUACGAAUGUUAACAUAUGCAAGUCAACCACAGGAUGAUUGGGGACCAGCAAGAAAAGAAAAUCAAUGUGGUCGAUAUGAAGCACUGAAUAAAAAAACAACAGUACAUAUUCAUAUUGAUAAUGCUAUUGAUUCUCAAAUUGACGGACAUACACGACUAUAA